AUGUCUACCUCAUCGUCUUCGGCUAAACUCCAUCAAGAACUUAAUAUCCUCCCACUAGCAUCUAAUCAACCAGUUGCUGUAGAAAGGAUUUCAAAGGGAAAUACUGGAUUGGUGUAUGUCCUAAUUGAUCACUCAAAUGUUUACGUUGAAGGAAAAUUUAUUGUCGGUGCAUUGGAACGUAUUUAUGACAGGUCCAGAAAUACAUACUAUAUGAAACAGCUUACUAUUGAUUUCGGAUGUUUUCUUACUGCCCUCCAACGUAACCGUAAAUUGGGUAAUAAUCCAAUAAUCGUUGGACCUCGCCCAUCUACCAAUGAUUCCUUAUGGAAAACAAUUAGAGAACAAGAAUAUAAAGUUACGAUAUAUGAUCGAAUUAGUGUUAACAAAGAAGUGCGUGUUGAUACAAAAAUUACGGUUUCUAUGGUAAUUAAUUCCCUUGUUAAGAUUAAGAAUCCGGGCAUCUUAAUUCUUGCCGCUGGAGAUGGUGAUUACGUGCCUGCAUUAGAGGAAAUUAUGAAGGCAGGUUGGAAAGUAGAAAUACGAUUCUGGACUUUAUCGACAUCUCGUCACCUUAAAAAUUUGAAAGUAGGAGAAUUAAAGACGACAUUUAUUCCUUUGGAUUCUGAAUAUAAGUCAUUUACAUUUGGCUUCGGUCCUGAACCUACAAAAAGAAAGAAAGUUCUUGAAAUAACCCAUAAUAAGGAUAAAACCUUGGAAAAUAAAGAUCUUUUGAAAUGUUACGUGGGAAUACGAUCAUUUUGUUGGUGGCACAAGGUUAAUAACGGGAUCUUGCAAAUGUAUUUUAAUACUAAUGCAGACUUGAAGAUGGCAAAUCGUUGGCUGGUAAAAAACUUUAUGGAAAUUCAAGUUUGGCAAAAAAGUUAG